AAAAUUCCGACACGACGCGUUCAAAGCAUUUUCCCCGGGCUAGAGGCCGGAAUCUCCGACCUUCUGGGGGUUCUGAACGCAGCAUUCUGGCUGUGGCCAUUUUACACUUCGUUCUCUUGAAAAUAAAGCGCUCUGCUAAGUCUUCACAGUUGAUGUUAGGAAAUUGUUGAUUACGAGUGAUAUUGAGUAAACAGCCAUUAAACCGCUGGUGUCUGAUGCUGUAAAAAAGGACAGAGACUGAGACCAGUGGAUCAGCAUGGAGUAUGAGCGGAGGGGUGGGCGAGGAGACCGCAUAGGUCGCUAUGGCAACACUCACAAUGAUCACUUAUUUCGGGACAUGGAUUACAGAGGCUACGGUCAAGAUGAUGAUGAGUCAGGAACACCAUUUGACAUUAGAGGAGAGGAAGCAAGACAGUAUGGGCAUGAUGAGCAAUCUUUAGGUGUCAGUGAGUUCCCACCGGGACAUAUCCACAAUCAUCCGGCAUUUCACCACAGAGGAGAUGGUCGAGGGGAGAUCAGACGAGAUGGGAAAGGGCGCCCUUGGCCUCCUCGCUCUCAGUCCCGGCAUGAUGUAGGCCUUCUCAUGCUCCAGAGAGAAGAGGAGGAAGCCAUGUGGGAGUUUGAGCAGUUAAGGCCUGGGCUACAUGAAAGGGGUCGGGGCAAAGGUGGAAGAGGCUUUCCUGAAAACAGUGGUCCACACAUGGGAAGCAGGGGGGGCAGUUGGGGUCGUGGUGGUCCCCGUUCUGAACAGAUGGAAUAUAGUAUGGGGAGACAGAGAGAGGAUGAUAGGUUUUCGCGUGGACCAGGAAAGCGGAGGGGUUUUCCAGGGGAGAAAGAGGACCGAAAUUGUGGGGGAGUUGGUCCAGACUUGUCUCUUGAGGAGUUGGAUCAAAGGGACCAGGACUACCGUGCGGAUCUCGACCAUAACCAGAGACCCAGUAACAUCAUCAUGCUUCGCAUGUUGCCACCUAAUGCCACUGCUAAUGAGAUCAGAGUGCAGCUUCAGGAGCAGGGUAUCCAGCCAAAAGAAGUCCGCUUAAUGAGGAACAAGUCAUCAGGUCAGAGCCGAGGAUUCGCCUUCGUCGAGUUUAAUGUCAUACAGGAGGCCACCCGCUGGAUGGAGACCAACCAGGGGGUGCUGCUGAUUAUGGGACAGAGAGUGUCUAUGCACUACAGUGACCCAAAACCGCGUGCUAAUGAAGACUGGCUGUGUAACAAGUGUGGUGUGCAAAACUUUAAAAGGAGAGAGAAGUGCUUCAAAUGCAGUGUGCCCAAGUCAGAAGCUGAAUUGAAGUUGCCUCAGUUGCAAAGGGAUUUGUCCGUUGGUCUUCAAAAGGAGGGAUCGCAAGGUUUGCUGCCCCUGCCAGCACCAUACCAUCCUUCUGGUCCUUCAGUCAACCCAGGACAAGCUACUCAGCAGGCAGAUGCUGCUAAUGAUACUCUUAUCCUUCGGAACCUUGGCCCACAUACUUCAGUGGAAGCCAUCCUGUCUGCCUUGGCUCCAUUUGCUACUCUCUCUUCUUCCAAUAUUCGUCUAAUCAAGGACAAACACACACAUCUCAACAGAGGCUUUGCCUUUCUGCAGCUCUCUACUAUAGUGGAGGCGUCUCAGCUGCUCCAGAUAUUGCAGGCUCUGCAGCCACCUCUCUCGAUUGAUGGGAAAGCUGUUGUGAUUGAAUUUGCUAAGGGCUCAAAACGUGAUGUAUUUGUGACGGAUACUAGCAAAGUUAGUGCUGCAACAGUGGCCAGCACAGCUAUAGCUGCUGCACAGUGGGCUGUUACACAGACCUCACAGAAUGGCUCAGAAGGCCGAGGCAUGGAUGCAGCAGUGUACCAGCAGGGGGCAGCAGUAACAUACAGUCAGGAAGGACCUGAAUACUCUGUGCGUGAUAACACAGCAUUCACAGCCCAAGCAGAGGCUGCAUUACCGUGCGCGGGAGCUGCUCUGAUUGGGGCAUACACAGCUGGGGCAUCUUCAGUUGCAGUUUCAUCUGAAGCAGUGACACCAGGAGGGGGUGUUGUGCAGCAGCCCAUUACUCAAACACAGACUGCUCUCGUCAACACACCAACCAUCACACCGUCCACUCGGGUUGAGAUUAUAGGAAAACCACAGCCAGCUGCUGCUAGUCAACCUGCUACCCCAGGGACUGAGCACGAACUCCAGCAAUAUCCUGUUCCAGAUGUUUCCACAUAUCAGUAUGACGAAAGCUCUGGCUUCUAUUAUGACUCACUCACAGGACUUUACUAUGACCCCAACUCUCAGUACUACUACAAUCCUCAUGCUCAGCAAUACAUGUACUGGGAUGGAGAGAAGCACAAAUACAUUCCUGCUGAUGCCAACCAAUCCACCCCAACCUCGAGUGAUAACACAGCCUCUUCAGAUUCAACUUUUGCUGCUGGUGGGAAGGAGAAAAAAGACAAACCCAAGUCUAAAACUGCUCAACAGAUUGCCAAAGAUAUGGAGCGCUGGGCCAAGAGUCUAAAUAGACACAAGGAGAACAUGCGAGCUGUCGGCUCCUCCACCUCAGUUGGCUCUACAGCACAGCCCUCUGGUUUCUCAAGGGCAUCUGGUCACACUCGCCUCGAUGAUCGCAAAGAAUCUGCUAGUGCUGAUGCAGGUUAUGCUGUACUGGAGAAAAAGGGGGCACUAUCUGAAAGACCUCAGAUUUUUUUGGACCACAUAAAGCAAAUUGCAGAGCGCUCCCCACCUCAACAGCAGGGUCUGGUCCCAGCCUACAGUGCAGAAACUGACAGUGAAGAAGAAGGAGGUGACAAAGAAGAGAAGGAAGGGAGAAUGACAGAUUGGGUUAAACUGGCCUGUCUGCUGUGCAGGAGACAGUUCCCCAGCAAAGAGGCACUCAUCAGGCACCAGCAGCUCUCUGAAUUACACAAGCAAAACCUGGAACAAAGACGAAUCCAGCUGGAAGCAGUGAGCAAAGAGAGACAUACUGAUAGACUGGAGCCUCCUGAGCCAAAGAAGAGGAUGUUGAACCCCCUUGACGGAGGAGCAGGUAGUAGUCUCGGUGCCAGGAUGUUGCAAGCAGGUGUGGAGAAGGGGCUUCUGUUGCGCAAAAUACCAGCGGAGUGAUGCUUCGCUCUCUAUCCCGACAGGACAAGGAUGAAGCCCAGCACAAACUUUACCAUUAACAUUGAAUUGAUCUCUCUCCCUAAAUAAACAUUCUUCAUUUUGGUUUUAUUAUUUAACAUACCUCAACCGUGCUAAUACACUCACAUGUCAUCCUGUAGCAGUGGAUUUCAGGAUAUUGCACAGAAUGCACCUUUAUUACCCCCACCCUUGAACAGUGCAGUCUUGAGUUGUGUUGCUUCAGAGUUUGUGUGUGACAAGCUUGAAGUGGGUGAGACUUCUCCUUUUGGAAAAUUAAAGAUUGGUAUAGAUUUUUAUGGCAGCAAAUGACUUUUUGUAAUAUCACUAUGCACCAUAGAUUUUUCUUUUUUUAAACAAGCCUUGUCAUUCAGUGAAUGAUGUGGGUAUGAGUUGUAUAUACAUUUUAGAAUGAGUGCUUUUAUACUGCAUAGAAAAGUGACAGUGGCCUCACAAACUGUAAAAGGUCACUUUAACACAGUAAGUGAAACUGUCAUACAACAGGUGUGAGGGAAAAGUUAUUGCCGUUUUUGUUCAAUGAUGUGAUUUUUGUUGAACCCGUGUAAAUUUUGUGUAACAUCAAGUAAUUUUAUAUGUGUGAAAAAGUCAGUAAAUGUUUUGACAUUUUUACUUGGAAUUUCC